AUGUCGUCACAAGGAGAGUCUCCAGUACGAGAUUCAAAAAACUCAAUUGAUGAAUUAUUUGGAGGAGGUGAAGAGGCAUUCAAUAAUCACGAAGACGAUUUCUUUGCGUCGAUUCAACAGAAUCAUCCAAUAACUCCAUACAAUCAGCAGGAAAACUUACGGAUUGAUGAUAUAAACUACCCAGAGCACGAUGGAGAAACUGGAGAUCAAAAUCCUGAUAUUGAAAUUGAAUCAAGCAAUGAACAUCCAUGGCCAGAUCAAGAAAGUCAUGAUCGACCACAAGAAAUUGAGGAGCUUGAGUUUUUGGAACAUGCGGAAGACGAUGAAGAGGGUGAUUUUUUCAAGAACCUUUCAGUGCCUCAGCCAAGAGAAGUUUUUCGAAGUAGCAUUGACACAACUGAACACAUAGAAGUUGCACCUCAAGAAGAAACAGUGGAUACUCAGAUAGCUACAAACGAGGAUCAAUCCGGUGGCGAUCAUUUAUUUGCACAAGCAUUGGAAUUGGGCGAGGAAGAUAAACCAGAAGUUGAAGAUUAUAAGAUAGAUGACGAAGGAGAAUAUCAAAGAUUGCCACUGUCUUCGCCACGAAAUGAUGCCAAUAUGGACAAUGAUAGUUUAUUCAAUGCAUCUCCUGCUGAAGCUUCUGCAAAUAAAGACAAGUUUGAUUUGCUUUUGAGUGGAAAUGAUGGGCCUAAUGAAAAUGCAGACGCACUGAGACAAGUUCAAGAGGAAGCACAAAGUGUACCCGCAAUUCAAGUGGAGGAAGAAAUACAAACUUCGGAAGAACAGGAGGUACCAGAAAGCAAUCAACCGGCUGAAUCGCAGCUUGAGUUCAAAUUAGAUAAAUUGUUUCCAGAUGAUGACGUGGAUUUUUUCCAGAACUUAGAUGGAAUGGACACUGAACCCACUGAGAAAGAUACCAAAGACAUUUCUGUAAUCGACAAAACUGGAUAUGCUAAAGACACCACAAAAGCUGACACCUCUUCGAAAUCUAAGCCAAAGGAAUCAACUGACGAACUUGUUAACAAGCUUGCUGACUUAGAUUUAGAGUUGGAUGAUGACCUUCUUCUUGAUGAUGACUUUUUGGAAGAACCUCCUGCACAAGCUACCCAAGCUCCAGCCCAAACUCAAGCUCAAGCAAAACCUAAAUACACCCCACAACAACAAAAGCCAAACCUAUAUGCGCAACCGCCAUCGCAGGCUCAACAACAAGAUCCUUCCACAUUUGCACAAAAUUUGGCAAAGUCAAAAAAGAAAAGUGAUGCAUAUGAUUUCCCUGAUGAGUUGAUUGUCAACAAGGUCAAACCCGCACCUAGACAUGCGGUAAACAAGUAUGCUCCCUCAUCAGAAGUAUCGCAAAACUCGAUAGAUACAUUAAAUUCUGUAACUAAUGUUGCUGCACCACCACCGCGACAGGCUUCGAGUUUGUCAAGAUCUUCGUCCCAAUCUCAAGCCAAGGAUAAGCCUGCACCACCUCCACAACAAAAGAAAUCCUUCUUCGAAGAUUUCCCAGAUGCUGAUUUGCCACAGCCAAAGAAGGCUGCUAGAGCUGCUGCUCCAGUCAAGGCUGUCAACCAAUACCAUCCGGUAACAUCACCAAUUCAGCAACAAAAUCAACUUCAUAAUACUGCACCUCAGAGCCAAGUGCUUCCAAAGGCUGGUAAUAAACCACCGCCGAUGAACCCAUAUAUGCCCAAGGGAGGUACAUCACCUAUUUUCCAACAGCACGUACCAAGUAUUGGCCACAGUGGUAUUGCCAAACCUGGUGUGAAUGUGCCGCAUACUGAUGCUAGUUCCAGCGCUGGAUACACAUUUCCUCCUACUAAUGGAAAUCUCGCUCAACAGCAACAGCAAUAUCAACCACUUCCACACCCACCUUCCAUGCAACAAGGAGCUCUGCAUCUGAAAGCUAUGCCUCCCCCGCCAAGUAUGUAUGCGCCUGCUGCGGGGCCAGUGCCACUGAUGCAAUCAUUGACACAAGGUCAACAGCCGUCUCCUUCAAUUAACAACCCACCAUCUGCUGCUAAUGGUGCACAGGGAAACAGAAGAACCUCGCAUUCAAUUAACACAAAUGUGGGAAGAUCAGGACUGCCUAAUUCGAAUAGCCCAUAUGUCCCCAAUGCUGGUCCUUAUGCACCACUGAAUCAGCCCAAGUCCCACAACAGGACAAACUCACUUGUGGGUGGUAAAGGAAAGGAAAUCAAUCCGUAUGCUCCAAUGGUGACUCCAGUUGUUAGUGAUGGGUCUCCUCUGUUUUCAAAACAACAAACUCAGUCGAUGACCACACCAGCUAUUGUGCCACCACCGGGCAGAGUUCGUGGAUUUUCAAAUGCAAGAAGCAAUAACAUUUACAAAACUGCUCCAAAGGUUGUCAAUCCUGAAGAUUUGGUACAUCGCCAAUUUCCUAUAUUCAAUUGGAGUACAUCUCAAAAUGUUGCUGUGGUGAGAGUCAACAAAGCAUAUAAUCAUCCAGUGGUUUGUAUUGAGUCAAUCACGAACUUGUGCAAAGACAAAGAUUUAUAUGUAAAUUUUCCAGGACCAUUGAUCAAAGGAAAACUGAAAAAGAAAGAUAUUUUGAAUUGGUUAGAUGUGUCGGGUGGAUAUUUGCGUGCUAAUGCGCUUGAAAGUGAGCUUUUAUUGAAUGGUGUAAUGUCACAACUUGUCAAUUACGAUGGUGAUUUAACCUCACAAGAAUGUUUGAAACAAAUUUGUCUCAUUUUGAAUCCAAAUAUCAAUUUCAAUAUUCAAAAUUUGCCCAUAACUGGUGGAACCGCCAAUGCAUACAAGUUGGAUAGUGCUAGUAUCAAUACCGUUUUUGCAUUGAUCCAAGCGGGUCAUAUUGAUAAAGCUUUGGAAUACACAAUCACAAAGGGGGAUUGGUCAAUGGCUCUAGUCCUUGCUAAUUUCAAUGGUGUGGAAAGCUUUGCGAGAAUCGCAUCUGAAUAUGCUAGAAACGCAUUCCCCUUUUCAAAAGCUAACAAUAAGGUGUUGCAUAUUAUGCCUAUUUUGUUGAAAGUUCUUGCUGGUAAUGUGCAAAGUGUCGUUCAGGACUUGACUAGUGUGGCUAAUGAAGGCGAUUAUGCUGAUUUGCAUUGGAGGGAUAUUGUAUCAACAGUAGCAAUGAUCAACACUGUUAAAUCAAAGGAGUUUUUAAUUGAAUUUGGUAAAUUGUUAAUCACUCGUGGUAAUCAGUUGGGUGGAGAAAUAUCAUUUAUCUUGGCUGGUUUACCCCUUGGUCAACAGGGGUUCAUGGUGAUUUCAUCAGGAUCUAAUUCAAUGUACACUCAAUUGUAUGAGUAUAUUUUAACCACUAGUGGCAAGUCAGCUCCAUUACCUCACUUGUUGCCCAUAAAAUUGAAACAUGCGUCCACUUUGGCUGAUUAUGGAUUGAGCAACGAGUCCCAAAAGUACAUUGAUUACAUCAAUUCAAUUCUCAAAUCAUUAGGCAACCGAUCACCAUUUGUUUCACAACAAUUGAUUCAAGAGUUUCAAAACCUUAUAGUGAGACUAAGCGAACUAGGAUCAACCGAACAAGGAGGAUGGUUUGGAAGUAAAAUGAGUAAAGUCAACUUGGAUAAAGUCUGGGGUCAAAUUGAUAAAUUUAUUGCUGGUGACGAAGCCAAGCCAAAAAGUAGUGAUAAUGGAGUUUUCAGCAAAUUCAGUCCAGCAACGUCAAGAAACACAUCAACUUUGGAUUUGGGUACAUUGCAUAGCCAUAUUUCGCCAGCAAUGAGGACUCCAGAUACAUUUGAGAGAAAGCCACCAGUAACUCAUCAUGCAAGCUAUCCUCUAGGUUCCUCUGGUGCUGCUGCGGGCACAUUUAACUCAUUUGCUCCACCUUUGGUAUCCCAAUUGUCCUCAACCUCUGUUAGCAAAUAUGCACCUCCAAAUCUAGCUGCAAACUCCUCGUUUCAAAAUAACACCGUCGCAGCGGUAACUACACCUAGUGCCAUUCCUCAUACUGCCGGUCCUGGGUCAGAUAGGUAUUCACCAUACGUGCCACCAGCUAGUAACACUUCCCAAUUCCACCCAUUGCCUGAUUCCACACACCAAUCGUUUUUGCAAAGUAAAGGUUAUUCUCCAUCAGGUCGCAAGAUUGCAUCGUAUCCUUACACCAACAACGCAGCACAAGCGUCCGCUUCAUCGCUUGGAUCAAUUCCUCAGCAACCUAAUCAUCAUCAUGGACAGAGUAACUCUAUAUCAAGUGUAAUUUCCGGUGAUGUUUUCCAUCAUAAUACUGCUGCUGUUAGUAGUAGUGGUAGCGGUGCUGCUUAUGGCGCAAGUCAAGAAACGGAGCAACCACCAGCUGGUGCUUCAACGAACGAGCAAAAAGAAGAUGAAAAAAUUGAAACCAUUAAAGAGUCUCCUGAAUUAAAACCAAUCCCUCAACCGCUGUCGGAGGUGAUGCAAAAUCAACAAAGCACCCCAUCAAACCCACCAGCGAAGAAACAGCCACCGCCACCUAAAAGUGAAUCUGUCGAUCCAACUGAACCAUCGCAAUCUCUUACGAAAGCUCAUCCACAGGACGAAUUAGCUACUGAACAAGCUGAAUCCGUGGAACCAGCUAAACCUGAAUCAGCGGAUGCCCCUCCACCUCCACCUCCACCUCCUGUGUCAAAAACCAAGUCUGCCCCUCCAACUAUGCGAGCAAAUCCAUAUGCCCCUAGAAGUGGAGCAAAACUAGCGUCCAAAAGAAACAAAUAUGGCCCAACUACGGCAUCUUCAUCGAGCAACAAGUAUGGCCCAGCAAGUGAUAAUGACAGUGGUAACAAAUAUGGACCACCUGCUGUACAUCUUGCUCAACACAAUGAAAAGCCCACGGGAGGAGAAGAACUGGAACCAUCUCCAACUGUUCCAGAGCCUCCUUCUCAAGCGCCACCAACUAAUGUCGAUACUAGUUUUGGCAUCUAUUCUGAACCUCAAAGAGACGAAUUCAAGGCAAUUGAGCAUACCAGCUCAGCCCCACCAAUGAAGGCUUCUGUUCCUGGUAUUGAUGACAGUUUUGAAGAGCCUUCACUUGCUGAGUCGACAAAUAUUUUGCACACCCCACAAGCAAGACCAUUAAGAUUGAACCAAGGACGUGGAUAUGAUCCAAUGAAUGUGGGAUCAUCCAACAUUACAACUCCAGGAUUUGUUGAUAGGGGCCCUGCAUUAGAUGGGUUCCCCAUUCCUGGAAGUCCUGAAUCAACUACUCGGGCCAAUUCUGUAUUCGGUGGAACACAUGGACCUUCACACGGAGGUGGUGGAUUGUUUUCCUCGCGAUUAUCACAAUCACAACAAAGUGCCUUGUACCAACAAUAUGAAGUACAAGAUGAUACUGUACGUGAUUAUGUGCCGGUGAUUGAGGAAGAGGAGGAUGAAGAUGACGAUGAUGCAGACGCAAAGAAGAAUAAGCAAAAGAUUGCUGAACGAGAGACAAAAACUAAAACGGGAAAGCAAAAACAGCAAGCUGAAUCUACUAAGGAGCAAGAGAAGAAAAAGCAAAGGCAAAACAAAGAUGGUUGGCUUAGUGGCUUGUUUUGCAAGAAUGAUGGUAAAGAAAAACCAACAAGGGCACAUUUGGGAAAUCAAAACACGUUUUAUUAUGAUGAGAAGCACAAAAGGUGGUUGGAUAAAUCAAGAUCAAUUGAAGAGCAAUUAAAAGAAGGUCAAGCACCUCCACCUCCACCCAGUAUGAAGAAGAAACCUGCAGUACCGGGUCCUGCCACCGGUGCUGCAUCCAACAGUGCACCACCACCAUCAUCGUCGGCAUCGUUACCUAACGCUAAUUUACCACCUGCGCCUGAUUCUUUGGCCCCUACACCUGCAUCCGGUAAUACAACAGGUCAUUCUAGUUUAACUACCCCAAGACCUACACCUAAACCUAAGCCCAAAUCAAAAGUAGCAGGUGGUGCCAACUUGGCCAAUGCUGGAUUGGAUGACUUAUUGUCGUUGAGUGAAGGAACUGGAGGUGGUGGGCGUAAGGCCAAACGAGCUGGACGUAGAGGAUAUGUUAAUAUGAUGGACAAAUAA